AUGUCAGCCGAACGAUUUAACUGCCAUUACUGCAAAGAUCCUCUGCUGGGGAAGAAAUACAUCCUGAAAGAGGACACGCAGUACUGCGCCAAGUGCUACGAGAACCUGUUUUCCAACUGCUGCGAGGGCUGCGCUCUGCCCAUCGGCUGCAACAACAAGGAUCUCUCCUAUAAGGACCGGCACUGGCACGAGAACUGCUUCAAGUGUGGCAAAUGUGGGCGCUCGCUAGCAGAGAAAGCAUUCGCCGCGAAAGACGAGCUGCUCCUCUGCACCGAAUGCUACUCCAGCGAGUACUCUGCCAAGUGCGCCAGCUGCACCAAAACCAUCAUGCCGGGAUCCCGGAAAAUGGAGUACAAGGGGAGCAGCUGGCAUGAAACCUGCUUCCUGUGCCAGCGCUGCCAACAGCCAAUAGGAACCAAGUCCUUCAUCCCUAAAGAAAACAGCUUCUACUGCGUUGCGUGUUUCGAGAAGCAGUUCGCUCACCAGUGCUGCGCUUGUAAGAAAGCCAUCACUACGGGAGGGGUCACGUACCAGGAGAAGCCCUGGCACCGCGAGUGUUUCACAUGUAUCGGGUGUAAGAAACAGCUAGCGGGCCAGCGCUUCACCUCCAGGGAGGAUUACCCAUACUGCCUGAAGUGUUUCAGCAACCUGUACGCCAAGAAAUGCGUCGGCUGCACCAAACCCAUCACCAGUUUAUCAGGAGCUAAGUACAUCUCGUUUGAGGAGCGUCAGUGGCACAGCGACUGCUUCAUCUGCAUGCAGUGCUCCAUCUCGUUGGUGGGCCGUGGUUUUCUCACCCAGCGGGACGGCGUGCUGUGCACCGACUGCGGCCGUGAGAAGUGACCUCACGCCUCUCUGAUCAGCGGUGUGCACCGAUAUGGUUUUGAAGAUCUUCAUUAACACCAGCCUGGUUAUUUUAGUUCUCGGUCUACAGGUCUUAAUCUUUAGGAAGGGUCUAGGUAGUACCACGGUACAAAAAUCAGCUCAAAUAAAGUGGUAAUUAAUGUUUGUGUGGUUAAUUAGCUGAAUCUUACACUGAUGUUUUAAAGCUCACCUGUGAUUGAAGUGAAUUAUUACAAUAAAAGCUUUAAUGAAU